AUUGCUCUGUGUGUGUUUGAGUGUCCGUUCAGGCGAGUGUAACCGAACUCUGAUCUAAUCGAGCGGCGUGUCCUCUUGUUUCUGUGGCAAAAUGCCUCUCGGUCGGUUAUUACUCCGAACUACAACUUUAAACAAAAGAGUCUCCAGUGUCAGAGUGAAGGGACCACUGUUAAAGCUGCUUCAGGGUGGUGACCGGAUGUCUGCUUCACAUCAGAACCCCAGCGUUGAUUAUUUUCCCUCUAACAUCGUGAGCAGAAAUGCUUUCACCGCAACCAAGCCGGAUCCUUCUAAACCGAACAUGCUGCGAGUGGGUCUAGCUUUCGGGACCACAGUUCUCCUGUGGGCGAUGCUCUUCAAAACGCACCGGAGUGACGUGCAGGAAUACAAAGCAAGAAAAGGACUGGAGUAAUAAGUCGUAACGUAUUGUAUUUUCCUGUACAUGUGUGCUUCACUGCUUUGGUGUCAUCUAUAAUUAUGUAUAAUAAAGAUGUGUACGUGUUCAUUA